AUGCGCGACGACACUACAAAGGCUCGUUGUCGCGCUUGCAAUGUGGAAUUCACUGCCGAAAUAAACAUGAUUAUAAAUCAUGCGAAGUCCUUGAAACAUGCUUUAAAGGUGAAAAGUUUGCCAAAUACAACAAUUACAGCUAUGUUUAAUAAGCCUGAGAGCUCUUUGCAAACUCAAAGUAAAGUUGCCGAAAUAAAAAUUACAGGAUUUUUUACAGAACAUAAUAUUUCAUUUAAUUCAGCUGAUCAUAUAACAAAUCUAAUUAAAAGUUGUUUUCCUGAUUUUAGGAUUGCCCAGAAUAUGUCACUGGGAAGAUUUAAAGCUACACAGAUAUCAAAAAGGGUUAUACAAAUUUUUUCCGACGACGAACCUGAGAAAGCAAACGAAGGUGCUACUAGCUAG